UAUCAUGGCGGAUGGGCGCUACAACUAGCAGACUUGCUCUAUUUGUCCGAAAUAUGGCGUGGAGAUCACACGGAGAUAGCAACACUGAUCUUAUAGACCAGCUUAAAAUUCAUGAAGUCUUAAAGAGCAAGCGUGUGGAAGAUGCUCUUCGACGUGUUGACAGAAAGCACUACUGCCGAACUCGCGCAUUUGAAGAUUCUCCGCAACCGAUAGGUUCGUGUGAUGCACAUGACAUUCAUGUGUAUGCCUUACAGCAGCUUGAGAAUCAUCUCAAGGAAGGUGCCUGUGCUUUGGAUGUUGGGUCUGGGAGUGGAUAUCUCACUGCUGCUAUGGCUUACAUGGUAACAAGUUAUAAUUCUUAAGUGCAGCCUUUUAAUAAGACCUGGCACCCAUUGGUGCUCUAGUGAGUGUUCUGUUGUGAAGUGUCAUCUAUACUGUUCUAGAGGGUUCAGAGCCACCAUAAAUUCUUUAAAAUUUUUUGCAGCUCUGAACCCAACUCACAGAAUAUUUGUAAACUUUUUGAGAAGUUGCAUUUGAUCAUGCUUAUCAUAAUUUAGUUAUAAAAAAAUGGGGCUCACCAAGCUCGUUUUUGAGUUAUAAGCUCUUAAAGCUAAAAUUAAGAGUGCUUUGGGUGCUAUGGUAACCUUUUGUGCCAUAAAGAUUACCAUUAUUGGUUCACUAAUGGCUGGGUCCUUUGUUACAGGAUGUUUUCUUAAUGUGUAAGUAUUAAUACCUACCUGUGUUCUAAAACAGACAAUUUCAAGGAUAAAAGUUCAAUCCUCCUUAGGCAAAAAGAUGGCGACUGGUACAUUUACCCAUAGU